AUGGAAACAUUGCCCCGUUCCAUGCAUUCUCCUUUGAUAUCUCACAAAUAUUGCAAUUUCUCUCGGAUCAAGAACAUGAAAUCUCGCCAAGCACACAUUGUUUCCAUCUUAGGAAUCAGUGAAGGGAUCAAUCAUGGAAGAAUAACCAAAAGCUUGCAACAUCAACAUGAUAUACCUAUUCCGAUGAUCAUGGAACAAAGAAGAGGGUUUGAGAAUACACUGAAUAUUCCAGCGGAUUCAAGAAAACCAUCGUCAGAGCUUUCGUUACUCGAAAACAUAUUUUCAACACUUGAUAGAGCUAUUAUCAAGUUCAUUGAUCCUCCACUUCACCUAUCGGUUGAUCCGAGCUACAUCCUUUGUGACAAUUUCGCACCAGUUGAUGAGCUAAGCCCCACCGAAUGCGAAGUCGUGCAUGGGUUCAUCCCCGCAUGCCUUGAUGGUGUCUACAUCCGUAAUGGACCAAACCCACAGUUCCCCCCUAGUGGUCCCCACCACUAUCUUGAUGGCGAUGGGAUGGUGCACUCCGUUAGGAUCCAUGGAGGUCAAGCCACUCUCUGCAGCCGAUACGUGAAGACAAACAAAUUUGUCUGCGAGCACCAAGUUAAAUCCUACAUUGUUCCAAAUAUCAUCGGAGGCAUGCAGGGACUUGGUUCCUUUGUUGCUCGUGCUGCGGUGUUCGCUGCACGAGUUGUUUCGGGGCAUUAUGAUAUUGGAAAAGGUCACCAUGAUUUUGAUGGGAAGCUUCGCAUGAACAUGACAGCCCAUUCAAAGAUAGAUCCGGAGACGAAGGAAGCUUUCUCGUUUCGUUACUGGGGAACACGUCCAUAUCUUACUUACUUUCGGUUUGAUGCAAAUGGAAAUAAGCAACCCGAUGUCCCCAUCCUCUCCAUGAAACAACCCUCUCUAACUCAUGACUUGGCUAUCACCAAAAAGUACGCAAUCAUCUUUGAUAUUCAACUAGGAGCGGAUCCGAUGAACUUGAUCCGUGGAAGAACGUUAGUAAGUGUAGACCCAAAAAAGGUUCCAAGAAUCGGUGUUCUUCCAAGGUACGCAAAGGAUGAAUCGGAUAUGAAGUGGUUUGAGGUGCCGGGAUUCAAUAUCUUUCAUGCCGUCAAUGCAUGGGAUGAGAUAGAUGAAGAUGGCGGCGAGGUGGUGGUUUUGGUGGCACCCAACAUAUUGACAGUCGAACACUUCCUUGACCGGGUUGACCUGAUCCAAGCAUCCAUGGAGAAAGUGACCAUUCAUUUUCGGACUGGGAUUGUCUCGAGGGAAACUUUAUCGACUGAUAACUUGGAGUUUACGGUGAUCAAUCCAGCUUGUGUUGCCAAAAUGAACAAGUAUUUCUACGCAGCGAUCUCUGAGAAAACGCCAAUAGAAUCGAGAAUGAUGAGGACAAUAGGGGUCGCAAAGCUGGAUAUUGAGAAACGAGAAGAUAAUACAGAUGUGCAUGACCACACAGUUGCUCGUCGGAUAUACGGAGAUAAUUGCUUCGGAGGUGAACCUUUCUUUGUUUCAAGAGAACCGAAGAAUCCAAACUCAAAAGAGGACGAUGGGUAUCUUGUGUCGUUUGUGCACAAUGAGAGCUUAGGAGAGUCGAGAUUCUUGGUGAUGGAUGCGCAGUCACAUACACUAGAAAUUGUGGCUGAGGUCAAACUGCCACAACGAGUGCCUUACGGUUUACAUGGGAUAUUCGUUAGAGACAACGACCUCAAUAAGAUAUGAGCAUUUAGACCAUCACAUUCAACUCAUAUAACUACAAUAGAUUGAUAAUAGAUUGAUACAUGUAAAUUAUAUUCAUUAUACAAUUUUCCCAAAUAAACUCUACACUCAAUUAUAUCA